AUGUACCUCCGCACCUCCAUCCUAGCCCUGGCCCUCGCCUCCGCCGCCCUCUCCGCCCCCAUCGACCCCGUCGACAACGCCAACGCCCCAGCCAGUGUGCCCGCUCCCACCGCAGCCCCCGGCCAGCCCGGGGACAUCAGCGCCGCCAGCAUCCCCGGCAUCACUGCCACCGUGACCAUCACCAUCUCGCUUCCCUGCGCCGGUGUCACCGCAACCAUCGGCCCCGCCAAGGGCCUAGAGGCUCGCGCCACAGAUGCAAUCCCUAGUAGCUCCAGUGUCUCUGUCAUCAAGUCCAGCAAUAUCAGAACCCUGCCUACCUGCGUGCCCUCUCCUUCUUCCACUGGUCCUGCGGUGUCUGGCUGUGCUGACGACGACGACGAUGACGAUGAUGACGACGACGACGAUGAUGAUGACAAUGGGAAUAGCCCCUCAUUCAUUCGGAAGCCCAUUCAAACCACCUCCUCUGUUUCCAGUGCUACCAAGACAACCAUGACUUCAGUCCCUACUGCUACUUCGACAACCUCGCAGAAGACUGACGAUGCGGACCCGUCUGCUACUGCUACGACUACUACUCCUGCCAUCCUGCUUCCAACUCCAACUGAGAGCUCUUCUUCAAAGGGACCUAGUGAUGGAACUACUACUACUGACGCUGCAUCCAAGACGGCCAUUGAUCCAUCAUCCACAUUCAUCACAUUGCCUUCUCCGUCGUCUUCACCUUCAGACAAGUCCACCACCAGCAGCAGUACUACCACCACGACCAAGUCCUCUCAGGAUCCAACCAUCACUUCUACCUCUAUUGCCACAUCUACCACCCAAUCCAAGCCUGAAGCCACACCCACAACAACAACAAAGAAGCUCAAGAUCAAGCGCGGAUUCGCUGCAAACGCGACGGGGGUUAUUGAGGUUCCGCCUCUGAAGCCUAAGCCUACUGGUGGUCGUUGA